AAACAGUGAGGUACGUAGCAGAGGCUAGCAGCUUCACAGCCUCCCGUUCAGAGGUCCCGCGGGUUUCACCGUUAUUCGAACACCGAGAGGAGCUUUUGCGUUCCACACGACGUUCAUGUCAUUUUGCGGAACCCAGAACGGCGGCCGCCGCAGCAAAUGGGACCAGUCGGGCCCUGGUUCUGGUGGGAUGGGGGAGGCAGAGGCUGCUCCCACCGGGGCUCUGGAUGCUGCCGCCGCGGUGGCUGCCAAGAUCAACGCUAUGUUGGUAGCGAAGGGCAAACUCAAACCCUCGCAGAUCGGCGUCCCAGGACCCCCUGACAAGGCUAUAGGUGUUGGGAAGCCUCCAAUGCAGGCAAAGGCCAAAGAUGACCUGGUUGUAGCUGAGGUGGAGAUCAAUGACGUGCCAAUCACCUGUCGGAAUCUGUUGACACGUGGGCAAACGCAGGAUGAGAUCAGUAAAGUGAGCGGUGCUGCGGUUUCAACCAGAGGGCGUUACAUGACGGCACAGGAGAAGGGCAAAGCGCUUCCAGGGGAUCGGCCUCUGUAUCUGCAUGUCCAAGGACAGACUAGAGAGCUUGUCGACAGGGCAGUUAAUAGAAUCAAGGAAAUCAUCACCCAUGGUGUAGUGAAGGCUGCCAACGCCUCAUCUUCAUCACCGUUCUCCCCUAGUGGGGCUUCAGUCACAGUUUACCAGCACCAUAACCCACCUCCUCCCUCACUGACUCACCACAAACCACACUUUCAGUCCGGAAUGCAUUAUGUUCAAGACAAAAUCUUUGUGGGCCUGGAGCACGCUAUCCUGGGGUUUGUGGUCAAAGAGCGGGUCGAGGGCCCCGGCUGUUCAUACCUGCAGCACAUCCAGGCUGAGACGGGGGCCAAAGUCUUCCUAAGAGGAAAAGGAUCAGGCUGUUUAGAGCCUGCCUCUGGAAGAGAGGCCUUUGAACCCAUGUACAUCUACAUCAGUCAUCCUAAACCAGAAGGACUUGCAGCAGCAAAAACCUUGUGUGAGAAUCUGCUUCAGACAGUCCAUGCAGAGUAUUCUCGCUUCCUCAAUCAAAUGAGCUCAAUGAUGCCAAUACAACAAGGCUUCGCACAGCCUCCAGUGGUGAACGGGAUGCCCCCGCAGCCUCCUUACUACCCGCCUGCUGGAUACCAGCCAGGCUACGCGAUGCCUGUACCACCACCUCAGCCACAACCUGUCUCUUUACCUUACACUGUCCCACCUCCUAUACAUCCCACAGUACCUGCAGGUGUGCCUCUUCAGUACUCCCUCCCCCCUGCCCCCGUCCUUGCGCCCGCUCACACCCUGGCUCCAACGCCAGCCCGUGCUCCUGCUUCAGGCACUAUGCCACAGACUCUUCCUCCUGUGCCUUUUCCUUCAUCAGCUGCAGCACCACCAAAAGCUCCGACUCCUGCCGCUCCAGUCUUACCACCGCAGAAAAGACGCUUCACAGAGGAGGUCCCAGACGAGAGUAACAGCAACCUUCUCGGAUACCAGGUGCAGGCUUCCCAAUGGGCAGCCCAGAGGUUAUCGGACCCCCACCACAGAGUUCCUCUGGCCCGCCGAGUGAGAGGGACAGUCGCCAUCUAAUGCCUCCACCUCUGCUGCCUGUGAAUGGAGUGAGACCCAAGAUGGAGGAGCGAAGGGCAAUGCACGGCUUCGUGGGUAAGGGCAUUAACCUGUGGAUUGACAAAUCCCUGCCCAAAUCCAAAUCUGCAGUUCCUUACUGUGGACUGUGCCCUUUUAAAAGCUCAGCCUGGAUCUAUUCACAGCAUCAGUGUAGAGCUGCAAAGAAAGCUGUAACAUAUAAAUACCCUCCUGGGCCACGAGACUGUCUGAAUUUAAGUUGUUUCACUUGAGAUUAAAGAGGUAUAUCUGUUACAUAAAGGCCAAUUGGCUGCAUCAAGACGCAUAGUUGGUCCAAAACGUUUGUUUCUUUGAAUUUGAGUAAAGACGUUUUUGUGGCAGAGUAGAUAAGUACUUCCACUCACUCAUCUUCAAACUGGGCCUCAUGCAUCUCAGGAUUCUUUCAGGAUUCUGCUUCUGUGACUAUAAAUCCCCAGAUAGUGAGGCGGAGCUAGGACAUCUUUUGUGCGUUGUUCAGUCGUUUGUAGAAGGAAAAAAAAAGAAGAACUGAUAUAUCGAGUCCACCUUACCGUCCCGUUCUGAUGACAUCAUCAGUCUGGGGUUGUCUGUUGUUUGUUUGCUUUCCUCACUAACAAGAAUCUCUCCUGUUUUUGUGUUUUUCUCUUUUUCUCUGUGUUUUUCUUCUCUUCCAUGUGUCUCUGGGGUGAUGCUGGAUUCUGAUUGGGGGUGGGGCACGACUCGUCCUGUCACGCUGUCCUCCCGCUCGAUUGGAUGGCCAAAACGCUGUCGCUCCCCACCAACCAAUGACUGCUUUCAAAUGGCUGCUCCCUCCUCUACUCUUCUGACAAACUAUAAUUUUAAUCUAUUAACUAUUUGUUUCUCCCAAAAUGUGUUACGAAUAAUUAACUUGAACUUGUCCUAUUUGAAACAUGUUGCCGCUGUUGUUUUUGUGUGUUUUUUUUUCUCUUCUCUCUCCAUGUUUCUCUCACUUUCUCCCCACAUGUCCCACCUCUUCCUUUCGUCUGCAUGCUUCCCCUUUUUCUUCUUUCAGAGCCCUCAAUGAAGAGAUUGAAAACUGGUUUGGUGGCGUACACCGGCGACUCUUCAGAUGAAGAGGAAGACCACCUAACCUGCAAAGCCUCAGGGCCAGGUAACCCUGGGGCAGUUCCCCCCACCUCCUCAGGCUGGACACAUGGCUAUCGCUGCCCCCCCCCACCAGCCCCCCGUGCUAAAACACAGCCACAGCAGCAGUCUAUGCCUUUCUGGAUGGCACCCUAAAACAGAAAAAUCUCCUCAGUGCUUUCUUUGUGCCGAGUCUUAAGAGAUGUUCACCCAAACUGAGCCUGUGUUUUUUCAUCACUCAUCACGUGGAUGACGCUUAACAGCCACAUGUUGGUUGCGGCGUAAUCUUAGUGCUUCGGUCCAAAUGGACGUACUUAUGUUUUGGAAAACUACUUUGUUUCUUUUGGUGCACACAUAGUUUGAAGAUGAACAUUUGCAGGACUGAUGCUCAAGCUAUUUUGUGGAUGUGUAGAUGCUCAGAUGAGCGACAUUCUGCCUCCAGUUUGAUUUGGAAAGGUUUGAACACAGAAGUGUUUGAAUAUUGUGUUGUUGUAAAAACAAUAUCACAAGCCAAUGAUCACUGACCACUUUUCAUUUAUUCCCUAAUACAGCUUUUUGUACAUUGUCCCCUUUCCUUUUUCCCUGUCCAAGUCAGUGACACCAUUCUUUCCUAUUCCGAUCUUUUUGUACAGAUCAUACUGGACUAAUACGUAGUAAACCUAUUGGAUUUAUUCAUGCUUUUAUGAAAUAAAUAAACUUAAUUUAUUGCAGUGUU